AACCUUUAAAAAAACAAAAAUUAGUGUGAUUGAGAUGAAGAGUGAAGUGGAAGUUAAUGAUGCAGGUUUUGGAACCAUGGAUGAUGCUAACAACAACACUAAUAAGAACAUAGAAGAAGAUCUGAGUGAAGUGAAUUACGAGUGGUUUCAUGAAGAUCCAAACUUGUUCUACGACGAUUUCCCUCCUCUCCCUGAUCUUCCAUGCAUCUCAUCACCACCAUCAUCGUCAUCAUCAUCAUCAUCUUUUUCAUCAUCGAAGCCAGCAGAGAAACCCAUCACUGCAUGUUCUUCAUCUUCCUCUGCUUCUUCAUCAUCAUCAUCGUCAUGUGCGGCUCUCAGAAAAGACAUGCAGAAACCCAACAACACAAACAUCACUGAAACAGAAGUACCUUUGUGUUCCACUACUUCCAUGGAUAUCUCACAAACCGCCAUGGAUAGUAAUCCACUGUUCCCAAAUAACGUUGUUGGUGAUUGCAUGGAUAUGAUGGAUAUGGAAAUGGAGCCUUUUGGGUUCAUAGACUUCUUAGAAGAGCAAAACAACGCUGAUUUCUUUGACCCCGACUCCAUUUUCCAACACAACUUUCUCCAAACUGAAAAUGAAAGUGAAAUCCCAUCAUUACAACAAAACCAAUUCACACAACAACCACCACCAGCACCAGAGGCAGAGGAAGGUGUUACCAACAACAACAGAGAGGAGGGUGAAAUGGUAAUUCAUCACGAGGAUGACGGAAACGAUGAAAUGAGCAGUGUGUUCUUGGAAUGGCUAAAGACCAACAAGGACAAAAUCUCAGCGAGUGAUUUGAGAAGUGUGAAGCUGAAGAAAUCAACGAUCGAAUCCGCAGCGAAGCGAUUGGGCGGAGGAAAACAAGGGAUGAAGCGUUUGCUAAAGCUUAUUCUUGAAUGGGUUCAAACCAACCACCUCAAGAACAAGAACCCAAUUGAAUCUUCCUCAAACCCUAAUAAUUGCUUCAAUAAACCCCAAUUAUCACCACUACCACCACCAUGCAUUUAUGCCUCUCAUAAUCCUGCUUUAAUGGUGCAGUAUCCUCCACAACCUGCUUAUGUUACUGAUGCUGGUGCUGAUUAUAUCAAUAAUAAGAAUUCAUGGCCUAAUUCUCAGUUAAAUAGUUUUACUACCCAUUACAACCAACCAUUUGGGGAGAAUCAUCUUCUCCCUGCGGUUCUUUAUGGGAAUCAGUACCCUUAUCAGUUGUUUUAUGGAAAUGGAAAUUGUGGUGGUGGUGGCGGUGAUCAUGGAUGGCGGAGAUUAGGUCCUUUAGCUACCAAAGAAGCCAGGAAGAAGAGGAUGGCGAGGCAGAGAAAGUGUUCAUCAAAUCAGAGGCAGAACAAUCACUGGGGCCAGCCACAGAAUCAGAGCCAAGUUGCUGAUACGGUAACCGGAGCCGAAAAUUGGGUGUGUUGGCAGGGUGUGGCUGGGGCAGCUGCUCCUGCUCCGGCUCCUGCGCUUCCAGCCGAACCACAGCCAGCUUCUUUAGGCCAGAAUCAUGGUCAUCAAGGUCGUGGAUCGUCGGAUAAACGACCACAGGGGUGGAAGUCAUCAGAGAAGAACUUGAAAUUUCUUCUCCAAAAGGUUUUGAAGCAAAGUGAUGUUGGUAGCUUGGGAAGGAUAGUCUUGCCAAAAAAAGAGGCAGAAACUCAUUUGCCAGAAUUGGAUGCAAGAGAUGGAAUUUCUAUUGACAUGGAAGACAUUGGAACUUCUCAAGUUUGGAAUAUGCGCUAUAGCAUCAGAUACUGGCCAAACAAUAAAAGCAGGAUGUAUCUGCUUGAGAACACUGGAGAUUUCGUGAAAGCCAAUGGACUCCAAGAAGGAGACUUCAUAGUGAUAUAUUCAGAUUUGAAAUGUGGCAAAUUUAUGAUAAGAGGCGUGAAAGUGAGGCAAGCAGGUGGGACGAAAUCGGAGACCAAAACGGCAGCAGGAAAAUCACAGAAAAACCAACAUACAGUUGUUAAUGGUCCAAACAACAAUGCUACUUCAUCUUCACGUGAUCAGCCGAAAAUGAAAAUUUAAAAGAAAAAAUUUAAUAAUAAAUGAGAAUUAGACAAUAAACACUAAGGUUUUUGUUUUUGUCAUAUUUAAUAAAGUUUUUUUUCUUGCAAUUGAGAUUAGCUCAGUUGGUAUCGUUUAGGUGGCUAGAAUCUCCUAUACUUUAAUGCUAUUUCAAUUUUGAAUCUCCAUUGUAAAAAAAUAAAAAAAAGGAAAAAAAAUAGAAGUUCUCUCUGACUUGAGAGUUUUUUUAUCGGUUAUGUAUGUAUAGUAUUCUGGCAAUGGAAAAAUGUUUAAUAAAAUUAGUG